AUGACAGGCGACGACAAGCAGAACCCACAGCCACAAGCAGCAGCAGCACCCAUGAAGUUUGAUGUGCUCAAAGCCGCCAUAAGAGACGCGCCCACCGCGGCGCGGCUGGGCCGCCUGGCCAUCGCCGCCCGCCGCACCGUCGACACGCCAAACUACUUUGCUAUUACGUCGCGCGGUGUCGUGCCUCAUGUGACGCCCGACAACCUGGCCAAGCACCUGUCUGACGUCGGCGGGGCCUACAUGGCUCUGGAGGACUUCAUUGAGCGGCCCCAGCAGUACCUGAAGCGGCCGGCGCCCAUAUUGCAGACCCCGUCUUUAGAAUUCCCAUACUCGCCGGCCCUGGGCCCGCGGCCUCCGCUGCACAGCUUCACGGCCAUGCCGCCGUCGGUCAUCACGGUGCUGGCGGCGCGGCGGCUGCCGGCCGUGCCCGCGCCUAUGGGCAACACCAACAGUUCCGUGUCCGUGUUUACGUCGACGGGCUUCCAGGUCCUGACCACGCGCGAGUACGCCGAUGCCGUGUCGGCGCUGCGGCCCGACAUUGCCGUGCCCAUGGCCGACCUGACCGACAAGGCCCUGACGCCCACGUCGAAGCGCGCCACGCGCAUGGCCGAGCGCACCGACGACUGGGUCAAGGAGUGGUUCGCCCAGCUCGACGCCAGCAACAGCAGCGGCCACACCGGCGUCGCCACCUUCGCGCCCGUCCUGCCCGUCGGCUUCCCUAUGCAGUGGGAGUACCUCGAGCGGCUCUCCGAGGACUACGUUUCUGCGUCUACCACCAACCAGAAAGAAGAGGAAGGCGAGACGACGCGGAAAAACCACCUCGCCGGGCUCGCGCUGUACGACGCCGACGUGAUCCCCGACCUCGAGGACGCAUACCCGAACCUGACGCCGCUGCCGCGGCUGUCGCUCGCCAACCCGACCACUCCGCACCACGUGCUGCGGCAGAUCGCGCUGGGCGUCGACGUGUUCGCGCUGCCCUUUAUCAACACCGUGUCCGACGCCGGCGUAGCGCUAACCUUUACCUUCCCGCCGCCACCACCCAGCAGUGACCCCUCAGUCUCCCGACUACCCAUCCUCCCGCUGGGCAUCGACAUGUCGUCCCCAACCGCAGGGCUGGCCACGGACACGGGGCCGCUGCUGGCGGGGUGCGCGUGCUACGCGUGCGCGCGGCACCACCGCGCGUACGUGCACCACCUGCUCGCGGCGCGCGAGAUGCUGGGCUGGACGCUGCUGCAGGCGCACAACCACGGCGUGGCGUCGGCCUUUUUCGCCGGCGUGCGCGCCGCCCUGCGUGCAGGGCCCGCCGCCUACGACGCCGCCUGCCGCACCUUCGCCGCCGUCUACGAGCCCGAGUUCCCCGCCGGCACCGGCGAGCGGCCCCGCGCGCGCGGGUAUCAGUACGCCGGCGGCGCCGGCGAGCCCAAGCGCAAUAAGCCCGCGUGGGGCAAGCUCGGCGGUCCCGAGGACGAUGUUGCUGCAGUAGAGCAGAAGAAGCCGCGGGGAGGAAAAACAAAGAACAGUAACGGCGCUAUUGGUACGGGGAAUGCGGGUGCGGAUAUUGUGGAUGGCAGUUUAGCGGCAGCCGUAGAGGCGGUAGAUCUGCAAGAGGCAGGGGCUGUUCCAGAGGCUCAGAUGGACGGCACAGCCAGUGCGCAAGCAUUAAUAUAG